AUGGGAGAGUAUCGUCAGUCAAGAUACACAAAGAUGCGAUCAAUCCUCAUCAUCCAGCCGAACUCGACCAAGUCGAUGACCGACGCGCUCAAGCCGCUUGUCGAACUGCUCGGAUUCAAAGAUACCGCUCAUGAGUACUUCACUGCCCCAUCGGGACCGAAAAGCAUCAAUGACGAAGACGAUGCCGCCGAGAGCGUCAAGCAUUGCUUACCGGAGCUAGAGAAGGUGCUCAGCCAGCACGAUGGCUUCCUCGUGGCGUGCUACUCCAAGCAUCCUCUCGUGCCGAUAUUGAAGGAGCAGAAGGCUGUGAAGUCUGGUCGCAAAGCGGUCACCGGCAUCUUCGAAGCGAGCGUGAGCACGAGUUUACAGAUCAUUCACCCAGAUGAGAAAUUUGGCAUCGUGAGUACAGGCAAGGUCUGGGAGAAGAUAUUGUCAGAAGCUGUUGUGGACUUUCUGGGCACUGGAUCGGACGCGGGCAAACGGUUCGCUGGUGUGGAGACCACGGGUUUAACUGCGACGGAUUUGCAUGACGCGCCGGUGGAGGAGGUGCGUAAACGGAUGAAAGAUGCGGUGAAGAGGCUCUUGAAGAAGGGCAAGGUCGGCGCAAUCUGUCUCGGCUGUGCCGGCAUGGCUGGUAUGGAUACAAUGGUGAGAGAGGCUUGCGUGGAAGAGCUCGGCAAAGACGAUGGAAAUAGGGUUAGGAUUGUAGAUGGCGUUGUAGCUGGCGUAGCGUGGCUCGAAGGCGCUGUACGCUCAGGAUUCUAG